CCGCGCGUCGGGCUCCCUCCCGCCCCGCCGGAGCUCGCUGCUCAUUGGCUCCGCUGCCAUAGUGCUGGCUAGCGAUUGGCCGGAUGGCAUCGGCUCGGCGCUUUAACCCGCCCCCAGCCCCUGGAGCUGGUGCCGGGCCACCGCCUUAGAGCGGUCGCCGGGGUGGGCGGCGCGUGCGGGUACCGCGCGGGGUUGCGGGUUGUGUCUCGCGGGCUCCUUGGCAAGACAGCGGGCGGGCGCUGGCUGCUGCUCGUGACAGAGGCGCAGGGAAGGCCUCUUUGGCCCUUUGGAGAAGAGAAAAUUGAAGCACAGAUAAAAUCCGAACUAGGUAAUACCUUAAAAAGUAAGACUGGAUGCAACCUUAGACAGUCUGCCUCUGGACCUACACACACAACUCCUACAGUGCACUGACCUUUCAAUAAGUUUGUUCAGCAGUCAUCUUUCAUUCAAUAUGACAGCGCAGCUGGAGGAUUUAAAGUCAUGCUGAGACUGUGAAGGCUGAUAACGGGAGGCUGCAAAUCCCGCGCCUUUAAAUCAGCAAACUGACCCGUGGACCCAACAGGAAAAGCUGUGUUGGCUUUUGGUGACUGCUAGAAACUGAGACCUGGGACCCUGAGAAGCAGCCAGGACUGCCCCGCUGCACCAGAAGAGAUUGUGAAAGGUUCUGGAGCUCCGAAGCCGAACGCUGUGCAGUUUUCUGACCAUUCCACGCUGUGCCGAGACCGCAGGGAGGGCGAGAGGCGUGGUGUGCAGUAGACCCAAGAGGAGGACCUGCACCGAACCCUGAUGAGUACUGGAGACCCCGCGGCUGCUGGGGUUGGCCAGAGAACAUCUUGGAACUGGGCAGUGCCCGCCACCACGGGGACAUCAAUAACACAGAGAGUCUGGCGGCAGACAUCUUAGAGUUGGGCAGAACCUAUAGCUCGGUGACAUUACCAAGUCCCCCUGUAGGGAGGGCUGGUGGAGGACGUCUUGAAAUUGGGCAGAGCCUGACGCUGUGCUGGCUUCAGCGUCAUACAGAGAACUAGUGGAAGACAUCUUGGAUUUGGACAGACCUGUUGUCCUGGUGCUCCUAUCACAGAGAGGUCUGGAAGAGAACAGCUGGGAUUUGGGCAGAACCCUGUGCCAUAGUGACAUUAGUCAGCUGCUUCUGGUACAGAGAGAACUGGCAGGAGCUACUGGGGCUAAACCAAGCCUCUGCUUGGGGCCCAAUAAGCAGAUACAAAAUAGUCACAACUCAGUGACAUCCAGAAAGUACAGCCUUAUUUACAGAUUGACUGGCACAGAGGCUGGAGGCUAGCCUGUACCACCCCUGCAUCCCAGCCUACCCCAGAUAACAGCAAAUUGGGGAGGACAGCAAAAACUCAAGUCAGCACGCUUCUGAAAGGCCCUAAGCAAUACGGAGAGGGCCAGAGGCCGCCAGGACACUCCAGUCUGAAAGAAACCAGAAACAUGACAAGAGAUAAAAAUUUUAAAAAAAAUCUCCAGCUGCCCAACAUGAGAAAAUAAGCCCAGGAGAAGUAAACACUGAAGAGAACAAGCACAGUAACCAUCCAAUACUGGACACAGCUUCAGUCAAAAUUAAAAAAUACCUUCAUGACCUCAUAGAUGAAUUUAAAGCUGUACUCCUGAUCCAAAUGAGGCAAGAUAUAAAGAGAUUAAUUAAAGAAAUGACAAGUCCCACCCAAGAGAACACAGAUGGAAGAACUGAGGAAAUCAGAAAAGAAAGAGAAACUUCUGAAGAAGAAUUUAAACAUAACUUAGAAUACAUGAAACAGAUCCAAAGAGAAUACCAGGAAACUAAAAACUCCAUUGAACACUGGCAAAAUGCCUUGACAGAAACUAAAGACAGCCUUCUGAAACUUGAAGAGAGAUUUAUGGCAUAUGAUUGUGAAAGAAAAAGCCUCUUAAAAAUAACAAGGAACCAGAAAGAAACAAUUCAAAGACUACAAGAUGACAAAAAGAUACAUAACUUAAGAAUAAAGAAUGUGAGUGAGGAAGCAGGAGCAACCAAAAAUGAAAUACAAAGAAUAUUCACAGAUAUAUUAAAGCAAAAUUUCCCAUGUAUAGCAAAAAGAAAUGCUAUCCAGAUAAAAGAGGCAUACAGAACACCAGCUACCUACAACCAAAACAGAUCUAUGCCUAGACAUAUGAUAAUCAAGAUUCCAGAAAUCCACCAAAAGAACAGAAUAUUAAAAGCAGCCAGAGAAAAGAUGCAGAUUACCUACAAUGGGAAAAUUAUCAAAAUAACAGCAGACUUAUCAACACAAACUCUUAAGUCAAGAAGGGAGUGGGGAGGAAUAUUCCAAGUCCUGAAAGAAAAUAAUAUGCAACCAAAGCUCAUAUACCCAUCAAAACUCUCUCUCAAAAUUAAUGGAGAAAUAAGAUGCUUCCAAGACAAGGAGGAACUGUGGGAGUUCGUGGCCACCAAUCCAACCCUACAGAGAGUGCUGAAGGACAUUCCAGAGAAAGAGAGGAAGGGAUACCAGGAUUCCAGCAACAGUGGCAGAGAGGCCUCAGUGAACGGGGCAGACAGUGGAAUGAGGGAGUAAGGUGGACAAAUUAUAGCAGAAAAGUGGAGUAGCAGACAUGAGGCAGAGACGUUCAAAAGAUGAGUCGUGGAUAUUCAGAAAACAACAAUUUCCUGAACAAUAACAAUCAAAUGGUACUCGACAUGAUCCUUUAUCCAUUAAUUGGAAUCCCUCAGACCAUCAACUGGGAAAGCAUUGCAAGACUUGUGCCUGGAUUAACACCCAAAGAGUGUGCAAAAAGAUUUGAUGAACUGAAGAGCAGUGGAAGCUCACCUGUUGACAAUCAGUAUAAUCCCCUGAUGGCUGCUGGCGAGAGUCCUGUUGAAACUCUAGCCACAUACAUCAAAUCUUCACUUCUUGAUACACAGGGAGAUUUUCAGGAGACUCCAGUUGGUCAGGAGGCAGUUUCCAAAACAGGAAGACACAGUAUAGCUUCCUCAAGGAAUUGUUCUUCAGAAAGUGAAAAUUGUACUACUCAUAAUGAUGGAGAAAAGACUGAAGAAUCUGAAGGGCCAAACAUGGUGAUUCAUGUAUGUGAUGAAGGAAAAAAUUUGAAAGAAGAUUUUAUUUGCCCACGAGAUCUUUUGAUAUCUGAAAUGAAGUACUUUGCUGAAUAUUUAUCGAUGGAUGCCCAGCGCUGGGAAGAGGUGGACAUUUCAGUUCAUUGUGAUGUUCACAUUUUCAACUGGUUGAUAAAAUAUGUUAAAAGGAAUACAAAGGAGAAUAAAGAUUGUGAGACGCCUACUUUAGAACCUGGGAAUGUCAUUUCAAUUCUUAUUUCUUCAGAAUUUUUGAAAAUGGAUUCACUAGUAGAACAGUGUAUUCAGUACUGCCACAAAAAUAUGAAUGCCAUAGUAGCGACCCCGUGCAACAUGAACUGUAUUAAUGCAAAUCUUCUUACACGAAUAGCUGAUCUGUUCACUCAUAAUGAAGUUGAUGAUUUAAAAGACAAAAAAGAUAAGUUUAGGAGUAAGCUUUUUUGUAAGAAGAUUGAGAGACUGUUUGAUCCUGAGUACCUGAAUCCAGAUUCUCGGAAUAAUGCAGCAACCUUGUAUAGAUGCUGUUUGUGUAAGAAACUUUUAACAAAGGAAACAGAGAGAAGGAUUCCUUGCAUUCCUGGAAAAAUCAAUGUGGAUCGGCAUGGAAACAUCAUCUAUGUUCAUAUAAGAGAUAAGACCUGGGACGUUCAUGAGUAUUUGAAUAGUCUUUUUGAAGAAUUAAAGUCUUGGAGAGAUGUAUAUUGGAGGUUAUGGGGAACAAUCAACUGGCUGACUUGUUCCAGAUGUUUUCAGGCUUUCCUCUGUAUUGAAUUUUCACAUUGCCAGUACCACUCCGAAACGGUAGUUUAUCCUACGGCAGCAAGUUCACUAAGUGCUGCUGGCACUGGAAUUUACCCUUGCUGUAACCAAAAAGUUCUUCGGUUUGAUCCUACUCAGCUUACUAAGGGCUGUAAGGUGAGAGACCACGUGGUUGCCCUUCAUGAUCAAGAUGAAGGAGGGGAUUUGCCCUCUAGUCCAACUGCUAGAACCCUGGAUGAUCUGCAGAAGCACAAAGAUGUCAUCAUUGUACCUUUUUCCAAAGACACAGUUAGUGAUCCUGUGGUUGGCCCCUGUGAUGACAAGUGUCUGGAGUGUGAUGUUUUACUGGAGCCACAAACACCAUGGGGCCCUAAAACUGGGGAGCUCAAUGCUUUCUUGUCUCUGAAAAACUGGACUCUGCAACUAAAACAACAGUCAUUAUUUUCAGAAGAAGAAGAAUAUACCACUGGAUCUGAGGUCACUGAAGAUGAAGUUGGUGAUGAGGAAGAAGUAUCCAAGAAACAAAGGAAAAAGGAGAAACCAAAGAAGUUCACAAAACAACCAAAAAAGCAGAUGUCUUCUCCCUGUGCUCAAAAGAAAGAAAAGCCAUCAGAGAAGUCAGCUUCUAGAGAUGUGUCUCCUUUCAUUGUGAGUAUGCAGAAGAAUAAAUGGGAUGCCACAAGGUCGUUGAGAUUCAACCAGGAUGCACAAAGAGAAGAUGAUCAACGGCGGAUGUCUGAAAUUACAGGGCAUCUAAUAAAAAUGAGAUUGGGUGAUUUGGACCGAGUCAAGUCAAAAGAAGCAAAAGAAUUUGCAGGAGGUAUUUAUUCCAGGCUUGAAGCACAAAUUAAAGCCUCAGUGCCAGUUAGUACACGACAAAGCAGCUCAGAGAAAAACCCAAGGUCCAAAAGUCGCUUUGGUCAAGGGCGUCCUGGAUAAAGAAACUUAAAUAUAAAGACGGAAGGUACUCCUGGACAUCUGGAAUUGCUCACUUCUUGAAGACCUUCAGAAUGAUGACUUCUAGAUGUUUUAUUUAUUAAUUCUUACAAGGCACAUAAUAACAAUGCUGAAAAUGCAUAUAGUUAGGUUUUAUGAAAAUCGAAUUGUAAAUAUAAAAAUCUCUUAAAUCUUAAUUUUUAGUACAAUUCUAGACUGUGUAGAAAAAGCUUAUUUACAAAUUUUGCAUAUUUAAAAUUCCUAAUAUUUAUUAUUCUUUAUUUGAAAGAAAAAUUAAAUUGUUAUAUCGCUAGGUCCUUUUGAGACAUUAAAAACUUUAGGAGUACACAACUGGUCAUGUUCCCGUGCAUGUGCACUGCUGGUACUGUGUCUCUGGGGCUGGAAACCUUGGGGAUAGCAUUGAGAACUGCAGUUUGUAUGCUGAAGUUACCAGGGAUUCUAAUGUUAAGUUUGCAUGAAUGUUAGGGAGUGCAGGUCUCAAGACUGCAGUAAAGUUUCAGGGUGUGAGGCAUUUCAAUAUUGUUAGGCAGAACUUUUUCAGCAUUAAUCCAUGGAAAGUACAGUGUUAAUCCAACUUAACUUCCUUUCAGUUUUUUGAUGCUUACCUGUAGGUCUUCUGAGCUGGAACUACUGAUCAUCUCUUUCCUCUGUGAAGCUAGUGCCGUUACAGUUUUUUUUAAAAUAAGCAUUGGUGGGUUUAGAAUAAUCUUUUCAGCUGUAUAGGACACUCACCAUAACAUUGUUAGUGUAGUGCUCUAAGGUCCAUCCAUAUUUCUAUAGUCAUUUACUUAUAUAGACCUUUAAAACUUUUCAAACUGCUAGUUACUUUAACAGUCUCUGAAAAAUCCUCACAUAUGUUUAUUUAAUAGGUAAAAACUUCCAUGUAUUCGAGAAAAAGCACAAUAAAAUUCUGUUUUACACAUCAUGUUUUAAUUUUUCUAACCAACCAGAAAAGAACACUCAGGGAAAAGUUGUUCCAAACCAUAAGCAUAUUAUAAGUUAUGUGUUUGGAAAUUACUUACAUAUAGAUCUCUGCAAACCUUUAAGAUGCACUGUUUCCUUGGUUUGUUUUCAUCUGCCUUGUAGUUGAAAUGUGUUCAGAUUUAUAAAGAGAACAGACUGAUAUGUGACUGAACAGCCAUCUUUGGAAAUAUUCACGCAUUAUACUUAGUUUACACUUCAGGAAUCAUUGUUUUUAGUUAGUGUUUUGAUUUUGGGGGGAGGCUUUUUUUUUUUUUUUUUUUUUUUUUUUUUUUUUUAUCGGUACCGGGGAUCGAACUCACGACCACACACUUGCAAGGCAGGUGCUUAUGCCGCUGAGCUAAAUCCCCAGCCCUUUAGUUGAUAUUUGAGCUUACUUUUGAUUUGGUAUUUUAUAUGUGGCUUUGCCAAAGUUUUUGAAUUUAUGUUUGGAAAUUUUAUUCCAAUAUAUAUUUGUUUCAGUUGUUUAAUAUUUUGGGAAUAGAGUGUACCAUACUUAUUUCCAAAAGCAAAUGUUUCAUCGUGCAUUUAAAUACCAGAGUCUGAUAAAAGGAUUUAGGUCUAUACAGUGCUGUGAAGCUGACAAUUAAAGAAGGAAGAGAGGCUGUUUUUUAACUUGUGGGAAACCGCACACUGCUGCACUGAGGGACUGUACUACUGAAUUGAUUUUAAAAACCAAAAUUUAAUUCUCUUUAGAAUGCGGUUUUUGUUUUGUUAAUGUCUUUCUGUAAUACUUGCACACACACCACCAACAUUUUACUGAAAUUCUUAACCUCUUUUUGCCGAAUACUUUUGAAGUUACCUUAUGUUAAUUUUGAAUGCACACUUCUUUAAAAUAAAUGUUGAUGACACAGG